AUGUUUCUGAACUCACUUUUCGUCUGUCUCUGGGCCGCCAGACUGGUCAUCGCUCGGACCCGUUGUCCAGGUUAUGCUGCAAGCAAUGUCGAGCAAACCGAGCAUGGCUUGACGGCUGAUCUAUAUCUGGCCGGGCCGGCGUGUAACAUAUACGGCAUGGAUUUGCCCAACUUGACACUUACAGUCGAAUAUCAGUCGGAAACAAGACUACAUGUUAUUGUUCAGGAUCAAAACAAAACUGUCUAUCAAGUCCCCGAAUCCGUUGUUCCACGACCUAAUGCCACAAACACGGUCUCAGUAUCACACUCACAAUUGCAGUUCAAUUACACAGAGAACCCUUUCGGGUUUGCCGUGUCACGCCUGGGAGGAGAGGUCUUGUUCAAUACAUCGGGCUCGCCGAUGAUCUUUGAGUCACAAUAUCUCCGCCUCAGAACUUCUUUGCCCGAUCAGCCAAACCUUUAUGGUCUUGGUGAACAUUCGGAUCACUUUCGGUUGAACACAUCAAAUUACACCAGAACCCUAUGGUCUCGAGACGCGUAUAGCAUUCCGCAGGGCACGAAUCUGUACGGGAAUCAUCCUGUCUACAUUGAACAUCGAGGCGGAAAUGGCACCCAUGGCGUCCUCUUUCUCAACUCCAACGGGAUGGAUAUCAAAAUCAACGACACUGAUGGCCAAUACCUUGAGUAUAACACCUUGGGCGGAGUUCUCGACUUUUACUUCUUGGCCGGACCCUCGCCUAUUGAGGUCUCUCAGCAAAUCUCGGAAGUCGUUGGUAAGCCUGCGAUGAUGGCUUACUGGGCUUUCGGAUUUCACAACUGCAGAUAUGGCUAUCGAGAUGUGUAUGAAGUGGCUGAGGUGGUCUACAAUUACAGCCAGGCUAACAUCCCUCUUGAGACCAUGUGGACUGACAUUGAUUACAUGGACGCCCGCAAGGUCUUCACCUUGGAUCCGGACCGGUUCCCCCUGCCUAAAGUGCGGGAGUUGGUGGCGUAUCUGCAAGCACACCAACAACACUACAUCGUGAUGGUGGAUCCAGCAGUGGCGUACCAAGAUUAUCCUGCCUUUAACAUUGGCAGAGACCGGGACAUUUUCAUGAAGAAUCCUGAUGGCUCUCUCUUUCAAGGGGUCGUCUGGCCGGGGACGACCGUCUUCCCAGACUGGUUUCACCCUGCCGUUCAGGAGUAUUGGAAUAUCGAAUUCGAAACCUUUUUCAGUCCGCAGAGGGGCGCUGACAUUUCAGGUCUGUGGAUUGACAUGAAUGAGGCAUCAAACUUUUGCAACUAUCCGUGCUCCAACGCGAGCGCAUAUGCCGAGGAAAAUGGCUUCCCUCCCGAGGCACCGCCCGUGAGAAACGACUCUACAAUCACUCUUCCAGGAUUUCCCCCAGACUUCCAACCAACUGCAAACGCUAAGCGGCAAGAUACGGCCACUGGCAGCAUGUUGGGCCUCUCUGGUCGAGAGCUGAUCGACCCUCCAUACCAAAUCCGCAACGCUGCAGGGAGCCUGUCGAACAAGACCUUGAACACGGACCUUGUCCAUUACAAUGGUCUCGUGGAGUAUGAUACGCACAACAUGUAUGGAACGUUGAUGUCGACGGCUUCCCGCAACGCACUCCUCAACCGUCGGCCGGGCGAGCGCCCAUUGGUCAUAACGCGAAGCACAUAUCUCGGUGCAGGUGCCCAUGUUGGCCAUUGGACUGGAGACAACGUUGCCAACUGGGCCAAAUAUGAGAUCAGUAUCUCCGACAUGUUGAAUUUUGCAUCCAUUUUCCAGGUGCCAAUGGUGGGCUCCGAUGUUUGUGGGUUUUCUGGAAACACCACCGAGACUCUCUGUGCCAGAUGGAUGAUGCUUGGGGCAUUCCAAAGCUUUUAUCGCAACCACAACGAACUCGGCAGUAUCUCUCAAGAGGCCUACCGGUGGCCGACAGUUGCAGAGGCUUCGCGCAAGGCCAUUGACAUCAGAUAUCGAACGCUAGACUAUCUCUACACGGCCUUCUACAUUCAGACACAGACUGGCAAGCCUCUUCUCAACCCCAUGUUCUACAUCUACCCUCACGACACCAGAACCUUUGGCAUUGAUGCACAAUACUUUUAUGGCGACUCGAUCUUGGUAUCUCCAGUCACCAAAGAGAACAGCACCUCGGUGGACAUCUACCUACCCGACGACGUUUUCUAUGAUUGGAAUAAUGGCUGUGCUCCCGUAAGAGGGAAUGCCUCCGUGGUCACACUUUCCGACGUCAACUUCACCACCAUCCCUCUACAUAUACGGGGAGGGAGUAUUCUGCCUUUGAGGGUCGAGAGCGCCAACACGACCACGGAGCUGCGCAACAAGGGUUUCCACAUCGUGAUUGCCCCCGGAAUCGACGGAAAAGCCCAUGGCUCGCUGUACCUUGACGACGGAUUGAGCAUUGAGCAGCCAAGCAUAACGGUCAUCAACUUCACCUACAACAAUGGAUUGUUUACAAUAACAGGAGAGUACUGCUAUGCCGCAAAUGUCAGCAUCGAGAGGAUCAGUCUGUGCGGUGUGACUACAGCGCCGACUGGAAUCAGCCCUUAUGCGGUGUACAGCUAUGACAAUAACACUCAGGUUGUCACGAUCGAGACGGAUUUCCCACUGACUCGGAACAUUAUCUUCCAGUUGCCCACCUCACAGGCAGACAGUAUUGCUCCAGGAACUGGUAUCGAAGACGGUGGCAUAAUAAGAGGAUCUGGUGGCCGUGGCCGUGGCGAAGGCGAAGGCGAAGGCGGAGAGUCGGAAGGUCACAAGUCGGCAGCUUCCUCCUGGUUGCCCAACUCCGUAGGCUGGAAAGUUCUUGCGGCUGUGAUCGUGGUGUCACUAGCCCAAACGAUUCUGUGA